AGUUGUGUCUAUCAAGGUUAGGCGCUAACUAGCUCAGUUAGCAUGCCGUGUAAUAGUCCUCGACGGCCUGUUGACAGACCUCUAAACCCCUCACACUGCUUGAACUAUUGUUUUGUUUUGCUAUUGCUUUAACGUCUCCUGGAGCUAUUCACCUAGAAACAGCAAAAGUAAACAGAUAAGAAAUACAUUAAAAUUAAUGUUAGCAUGUACUUCUAACGAGCAGCUCUUCAAAUUCCGCGCUUGGAAAGAAUCCGUAUAUCAUUCUAAACAGAAUGUCCUGUAUAAUGUCACCGAGGCUGUUUGGUCAGAGUCAACGUUACACGACACAGUCGUCAGCGUAAUCCACCAGGGGCCUCUGGGAAUUAUUGCCCCCCACCCUUGCCUUCUUUGCCCCCACCUCCCACCUGCGAUCAAAACUGCGCAGUGUGUACAGAGUGCAUGCACCCUGUCCCUCAGUACACUGUGCACACAAUAAUACAGAUGGCCCUAAACUCUGUCAGAGAACGCACAGAACUUCCCAACAUUCACCCUUGUGCUUUCCUUCCUCCAAGUCUUGGUGGGACUCACUCCUUCCUUCACUUGUUUGUGGGCAAUGAUGGCAACGUGACAAGAGCUUGGUCAGCUUCAACAGGAACCAUGGAAGGGUUACAGCCAGCUGCUACGGCGCAGCAUAACAGGGUCAACGGCUACUGUCAGCCAUAUUCCCCCCAGGAUACGGCUGAUGUCAGGUGGCUGGUGCCAGAGGUAGAGUCCAGGGGUUCAGACAGCUGCGAGGCUGCGAGUGUGUCUGAUCAUACGGACCUAGAAGACUUGAAAGCCAGGGAGAGUGAAGAUGGGGAGGACAAGGAAGAAAAGGAGGAGUCGUCUCGUCAGAGUGCAGACCAGGAGAGAAAAGAAAGUCCAGAUGAAGAAAACAAUCACAGCAGUGCGGUGUCCAGCUACACCGACCUUUCCCACACGCCAUCACCCUCGCUGUCAGAGCAGCUGCGUCUGGGUCGAGAAGACAGCACAGCCCCUGGCAUCAGUGUGGAGUGUAAGGUCUGUGGGGAUAAGGCCUCUGGCUUCCACUAUGGUGUACAUGCUUGUGAGGGUUGUAAGGGCUUUUUCCGACGAACCGUGAGGAUGAAAUUAGAAUAUGAGCGCUGCGAACGUUCCUGCAAGAUUCAGAAGAAGAAUCGCAACAAGUGCCAAUAUUGUCGUUUCCAGAAGUGCCUAUCUUUUGGAAUGUCUCAUGAUGCAAUCAGAUACGGUCGCAUGCCUGAGGCGGAGAGGAAGAAGCUGGUGGCUGGCCUGCUUGCAGAGGAGGUAAAUCCCAGCAAAGCGGGUGGCUCAGACUUAAAAACGUUGGCCAAACAAGUCAACACAGCAUACUUGAAGAACCUCAGUAUGACCAAGAAGAGGGCCCGCAGCAUCCUGAUGGGAAAAACCAGCAGCACCUCGCCAUUUGUGAUCUAUGACGUGGACACCCUCUGGAAGGCUGAAAGUGGUUUGGUCUGGAGCCAGUUACUUCCAGGCGCUCCCCUGACCAAGGAGAUAGGAGUCCAUGUCUUCUACCGCUGCCAGUGCACCACAGUGGAGACCGUGCGAGAGCUCACAGAGUUUGCCAAGAGCAUUCCAGGGUUUGUCGACCUUUACCUAAACGACCAGGUGACGUUGCUGAAGUAUGGCGUGCACGAGGCUAUUUUUGCCAUGCUGCCAUCUCUUAUGAACAAAGAUGGACUCUUGGUGGCCAAUGGUAAAGGCUUUGUGACGAGGGAAUUCCUGCGCAGCUUAAGAAAGCCUUUUAAUGAGAUCAUGGAACCCAAGUUUGAGUUUGCUGUCAAGUUUAACGCUUUGGAACUGGAUGACAGUGACCUGGCCCUUUUUGUUGCUGCCAUUAUCCUCUGUGGAGAUCGGCCCGGCUUGAUGAAUGUGAAACAGGUGGAGCAGAGUCAGGACAACAUCCUCCAGGCCUUGGACCUCCACCUGCAAGCAAACCACUCUGACUCCGUCUACCUCUUCCCCAAGCUGCUGCAGAAGAUGGCUGACCUGCGGCAGCUUGUUACAGAGAAUGCUCAGCUUGUCCAAAAGAUCAAAAAGACUGAAUCGGAGACCUCGCUCCACCCUCUUCUACAGGAGAUCUACAAAGACAUGUAUUAGGUGCACCCGCUGCUUUUAGCAAUACUGUUACAGACUGAAUACAUACACACUUAUAACAUGCAAUACACUGUGUUCUGUACAAACACUGUUCCAUGGUCGCAGAUGUUGCCAAGUCAAAUGCCGUCAUCACCACGUGUCGUUUGUGCAUGUGAUGAGCAUCUGGAAGGAUGUGCUGCAAGUCCCUCUUUCACAAAGGCCACAUCAUUGUGAGAAUGGUAGAUUUUCCUCCUGCAGCUCCUCUUCCAACCGAGCCAACAGCAGUGUUUUUAAGGGAGCUGCUCUCUCACCCGGCUCAGCACUUCACCGGGAGAGGAAACAUUUCAUGUUACAUAUGCGGUGCUGUCGAGGAGUCAUCAGUUGGGAUGUCAACAGGUCUAUUUGGUCAAAGCUGAAUAUGCACAGGUUGCUUUUUGUUUACAUCAUCAUCAAUCAGUGACCUCUAUCUUUGCCAGAAACUUGACAGGCCACAACUGUUUGAUCUCCCUUAAUGGCAGCUCUCUGUGCAAUAACAUCCCGUUCAUGUCCAUGGACAUUGAAGUUAUGUUAUUUUAUUUCAAAGCCAUCCACACUCAUCCAAAACGACCUGCUUCACCCAUUCUGUCUGUGGAGGAGACGUUAUCCUAUACAUGAUGCUCUCAAGUACAAAGGACAGUUGUUUUAGAUAGACAUGCAAAUGAUCACGAGCUGACAUUUUAUGUUUCUUUUUCUUAAUUACUGUUUGACAUUAUGCCUAAUUGUAAUUGUUGACUAUAUUUUUAAAGCAUGACUGAUUACGUCAUGUCUAUGUAUUGGACUGUAUGGCUUAUUUCUAUUUGGUUCACCAAAUACACCAGCAAAUAUGCCAACAGCUUUUCCCUUGGCGAGGAGUUUCAUGUUGGCAUGCUUGGCAUAUUAUGCCAAUUUUUACUUGGGAAACCAGAGCAGUAUUUCACAAACUGACUUGGCCUUAAGAGUCUCCAGUUUUUGUACAUUGAUUUAUCCUUUAACUUUGCAUUGGUUUCUCAUUUGCUUUUGAGCCUCUUUUCUUCAUCCAUGUGAUCCAGCCGCAUUCAUCUUAGUCUACCUCUAUUGUAUGACAAUAUCCCACAUUCAUCUCCACACUUGCCUUAAUUCCUUUCAAUGGUUUAAACCUGCAACUUAAGAGUGGCUGUCGUGGAAAGGAAUAUAUACGCUAUUCUAAAAAAGACUCUGAAAUAAAGACAAAACAACUUGCA